ACUGUAAGUUUCCGCUAGCAUCCAACACUAAACUCUAAACAAAAUGGCAUAGAGCCGUAGAGAGUAUAAUCUCUUUCUCUUUCUCUUUUCCCUCUCAAACUCAAAAUUCAAACAACGCUUCAAUGAACAACUCUAACGGCAACCCUAACUCUACUUCACCGUUACCAUGUCUCGUUUCAAUUCCUCCAAUCACUCUCUCCCGCCGGCACCGUCUCUCCGCCACAACCGUCGAGCCGCGAUGUCCGAUCUCAUUUUCGAAGCCAAUGGCGUGGAUUAACCUUGAGGGAAGGGUUGUUAAUGCUAAUGAAGCUAGCGCGGCGAGAACUAUUGGUGGUGGAUUGAGUGAUGAACUUGCAUUUGCUUGGGAUCUUUUUCCGCCUAUUCAUCGGUUUCUUAUUGUUGCUGUUAUUGGUGUUGCUGCUGCUCAGUCGAAAAAGGAUCGAGAGAUUUUCAAUCUUAAGAAAUCCGUUGAGCUUAGGGACCAGCUGUUAUCAAGCAUGCAGGAGAAGCUUGACAAUCUUUGUGAGCAGUUUAACAGUUCUAAAGAGAACACAGUUGCUGCCGUCAACAAGUUAUCCACCAAGGAUGGAGAAUUGCAAUUAGAUGAAACAUUUGGCUCUGAGCGAAUUAAGUUUGUUGAUUGCGGUUGUUGGCAUUGUGAUGAACACUCUUCCUUCUGUAAUGAAUAUAUGCAGGGUGCCUUGAGUAGAAGAGCCUCCGGUGGAAAUGAGGUCCUCCAAUAUAAGUCACCCUUCUCUAAUGAAGACCAAGAGGAGAGAAGAAUGUCUGGCUUGUCGGAUUUGGCUUCAAGUGUCACAUCUGCUGCUGAUAUCCAGUUUAACAACUUGGCUGUAGAGCAAGAUGUUUAUAAUCUUAAGAGGGACUCCGAAGAGAAGGAGACCACAAUAAAGGAGCUGACCACUCUGCUAAACUCUUCAGAGGUUGCUAAUAGCAAGAGGGUUUCUGAAUUAGAAGACAUUAUACGGAGGAAGAAUACAACAAUUUCAAAACUAAAGAAGGAUUUGGUUGUUCUGGAACAAAAGGUUAUGCAGCUUUCAAGGCUUCGUCGACCAUCCUUCUCUGCAAGUAUUCCAAAUGAAAUUCAGCUGCCACAAAUGAGAGAUAACCUCAUUUAUGAUAUGGACAGCACCACUAGCCCCUCAUCUUCUGAUUCUGAUAGUUCUCCUGUCAACAAUGUACAAGAUCUUCCUGUUGAUGUCAUUAUGCCAAUCAAGAGUUCUGAAUCUACAAUUGGUCAGAUGUCUACGCCAGCAAAAAGCUUAAAUUCUUCAGGGGGACUCAUUGAACGCCGCUCGAAAUUUCGAUCCGCUGGUCCUCUUAAAGAAAUUCCUUCUUAUCAGAAAUCUAAUGCAGCUUCUUCUUCGAGCCAAAAACAAUUGUCACCUCGUAAGGACUUAAAAAAGAGUAGAAGACGAUCUCUCAAUGGAACUAAGUGUGCGAGUGCAAAUAAGAGAUGGGUUUAGUAGCGAGUUGCUGUGGAAUGUAGCAGAGUACAGGUUGCCUUUUGUUCUUACAUAUUUUGGAUUUUCUUCUUAGACUGCGCUAUUCUUUGCAAUUAGCCAACAGGAUCAAAUAGUAGCAAACAAUAGGUAGUGAGUCAAUAUUCUACAGGUUUAUGGUGAUACUAUUUUAAAAACUUGUUGCGUUGUUAAAUUACAGAUUGUAGCAGCAGGGACUAUUUUAAGUUUUAGCCAUUAAA